UCAGUCUGCCCCAGCCUGGACAUCCGCACAGAGGUGUCAGAACUCCGGCGACUGGAAAACUGUACCGUGGUGGAAGGCUACCUACAGAUCCUGCUCAUAUUCACAGCAACUGGGGAGGAUUUCCAGGGACUCAGCUUCCCCCGCCUCACCCAGGUCACCGACUACCUUCUCCUCUUCCGGGUCUAUGGACUGGAGAGUCUUCGGGACCUUUUUCCCAACCUGGCAGUCAUUCGAGGCACCCGCCUUUUCUUCAGCUAUGCCCUGGUCAUCUUUGAGAUGCCCCAUUUGAGGGACGUGGGGCUUCCAGGCCUGGGUGCCAUCCUUCGAGGGGCUGUGCGUGUAGAGAAAAAUCAAGAGCUGUGCCAUCUGUCUACUGUUGACUGGAGCCUGCUGCAGCCAACAACCGAUGCCAACCACAUUGUGGGCAACAAGCUAGGAGAGGAAUGUGCCGAUGUGUGCCCUGGAAUGCUGGGCACUGAGGAACCUUGUAUCAGAACCACCGUCAAUGGGCGCAUGGACUACCGCUGCUGGACCUCGGGGCACUGCCAGAGAGUGUGCCCGUGUGCCAGGGGCCUGGCUUGCACCCCAAGGGGCGAGUGCUGCCAUCCCGAGUGCUUGGGAGGAUGCAGCCGGCCCAGCGACCCCCAGGCCUGCGUGGCCUGCCGGCACUUCCAUUUUGGAGGCACUUGCCACUCUGCCUGUCCCCGGGGCACCUACCAGUACGAGGCUUGGCGCUGUGUGACCGCCGAGUACUGCGCCAGCCUCAGGGCGCUGCCCGACGCCCGGCGGGGCUCCGACUUCGUCAUCCACCAGGGCAGCUGCUUGGCCCAGUGCCCUCCAGGCUACACCCACAAUGAUAGCAGCAUCUUCUGCCAUAAGUGUGAGGGGUUGUGCCCCAAGGAGUGUAAGGUGGGCACCAAGACCAUAGACUCUCUCCAGGCAGCCCAGGAGCUCAUAGGCUGCACCCAUUUGAAGGGCAGCCUGAUCCUUAACCUGCGUCAAGGCUAUAACUUAGAAACAGAACUACAGCGAAGUCUGGGCCUGGUGGAAACCAUCACUGGCUUCCUCAAAAUCAAACACUCCUUUGCCCUCAUCUCCCUGGGAUUCUUCAGGAACCUCAAACUCAUCCGGGGAGACUCCAUGGUGGAUGGGAACUAUACGCUCUAUGUGUUGGACAAUCAGAACCUACAGCAGCUGGGGGAGUGGGCAGAGGCCGGGCUGUCCAUCCCCGUGGGGAAGAUUUAUUUUGCCUUCAAUCCACGUCUCUGCCUGGAACACAUCUACCAGCUUGAGGAGGUGACGGGAACGAGGGGCCGGCAGAACAAGGCUGAGAUCAAUCCUCGAACCAAUGGAGACCGAGCGGCCUGCAAGACCCGACCUCUCCGGUUUGUCUCCAAUGUGACAGAAUCAGAUCGGAUCCUCCUUCGCUGGGAGCGCUAUGAGCCCCUAGAAGCUCGAGACCUCCUGAGUUUCAUCGUUUACUACAAGGAAUCUCCAUUCCAGAAUGCCACGGAGCACAUGGGCCCAGAUGCUUGUGGAGUCCCGAACUGGAACCUGCUGGACGUGGAACUGCCUCUGAGCAGAACCCAAGAGCCAGGAGUGACCCUUGCCCCCCUCAAACCCUGGACCCAAUAUGCCGUCUUCGUGCGGGCUAUCACCCUGAGCAUGGCAGAGGACAGCCCCCAUCAGGGGGCCCAGAGCCCUAUCAUCUACCUACGAACCCUGCCUGCAGCCCCCACAGUGCCCCUGGACGUCAUGUCCACGUCCAACUCUUCCUCGCACCUGCUGGUGCGCUGGAAGCCGCCCACGCAGCGGAACGGGAAUCUCACGUACUACCUGGUGCUGUGGCAGCGGCUGGCGGAGGACGCAGAUCUGUACCUCAAUGAUUACUGCCAGCGGGGCCUGCGGCUACCCAGCAGCAGCACGGACGCCCGCUUCGACCAGGAGGAAAGGGAACCCCUUGCCGAGGCUGAGCCCGGCUGCUGCCCCUGCCGGAGUCUGUCCCCGGAGCAGCCCCAGCAGCCUGCCCUCGAAGCGCACGAAGCCUCCUUCCAGAAGAAGUUUGAGAACUUUCUGCACAAUGCUAUCACCCUACCCAGAUCCCCCUGGAAGGUAACUUCGAUCAACAAGAACCCCCAGAGGGACCCAGGCCGCUACCGGAGGGCUGCAAGGGCCCCUGGGGCAGGGGGGAAUGGAUCGGACUUUGGGAUCCAAGACAAGGUACCUCGCGAGCGGGCAGUGCUGAGCGGCCUGCGCCAUUUCACCGAGUACCGCAUCGACAUCCACGCCUGCAAUCACGCCGCCCACACGGUGGGCUGCAGCGCGGCCACCUUCGUCUUUGCCCGCACCAUGCCCCAUCGUGAGGCAGACAGCAUUCCGGGGAAGGUGGCCUGGAAGCCAGCCAGUAAAAGCAGCGUCCUCUUGCACUGGCCUGAGCCCCCAGACCCUAAUGGGCUCAUUCUCAAGUACGAAAUCAAGUACAGGCGCCUAGGUGAGGAGGCCACAGUGCUGUGUGUGUCCCGCCUCCGCUAUGCCAAGUUUGGGGGAGUCCACCUGGCCCUGCUGCCCCCCGGCAACUACACAGCCCGAGUCCGAGCCACCUCCCUGGCCGGAAAUGGCUCCUGGACAGAUGGCCUGGCGUUCUAUAUCCCCGGUCCUGAGGAAGAGGAGUCAGGGGGGUUACAUGUUCUCCUCACAGUCACCCCUGUGGGGCUCCUAUUGCUCGUGGUCCUGGCUGCCCUUGGCUUCUUCUACAGUAGGAAGAGGAAUAGUGGUGGUUACCCCAAUGGGACUCUCUACGCUUCUGUCAACCCUGAAUACUUCAGCACUUCCGACAUGUAUGUUCCAGAUGAAUGGGAAGUGCCUCGAGAGCAGAUUUCUGUGAUGCGAGAGCUGGGCCAGGGCUCCUUCGGGAUGGUGUAUGAGGGGUUGGCACAGGGGCUUGAGGAGGGGGAGGCCCCCACCCCAGUGGCCCUCAAGACCGUGAAUGAGCUGGCCAGUCUUCGGGAACGCAUCGAAUUCCUCAAGGAGGCUUCUGUCAUGAAAGCCUUCAAAUGUCACCAUGUGGUACCUGGGAAGGGAAGGGCUUGGUUUAUCAGGGUCAUGGUUGGGGGGAGGCGGGAUCAGGUAUCAGACCACCAGCCCAGUUGCAUUUGGAUCCCAGUCAGACCUCAUUGCCAUCUGCAGGUGCGUCUCCUGGGCGUGGUGUCCCAAGGACAACCAGUUCUAGUCAUCAUGGAGCUCAUGACCCGAGGGGACCUCAAAAGCCAUCUCCGGUCCCUGAGGCCUGAGGCAGAGAACAACCCAGGACUCCCUAGACCAGAACUGGGUGACAUGAUCCAGAUGGCAGGUGAGAUCGCUGAUGGCAUGGCCUACCUCACUGCCAACAAGUUUGUGCACCGAGACCUGGCUGCCCGAAACUGCAUGGUGUCUCAAGACUUCACAGUCAAGAUUGGGGACUUUGGGAUGACUCGGGAUGUGUAUGAGACAGAUUAUUACCGAAAGGGAGGAAAGGGGCUGCUCCCUGUCCGUUGGAUGGCUCCUGAAUCCUUAAAAGAUGGAAUCUUCAGCACUCACUCAGAUGUCUGGUCGUUUGGUGUAGUGCUGUGGGAGAUUGUGACCCUGGCAGAACAGCCUUACCAAGGUCUUUCCAAUGAGCAGGUGCUCAGGUUUGUCAUGGACAACGGCGUCCUGGAGGAGCCCGAGGGCUGCCCUCCCCAGCUACAGGAACUAAUGAGUCGCUGCUGGCAACAGAACCCCCGCCAGCGCCCAACCUUCCUGCAGAUCCUGGACAGCAUCAAGGAUGAACUGCGCCCAUCCUUUCGGCUCCUCUCCUUCUACUACAGCCCCGAAAGCCGAGGGGGCAGGGGCUCCUUGGCACCUCCUGACACAGACCCUGAUCCCCACUUGUCCCCUGAGGCCCCCCCAGACUACAGCCCUCCUAAUGGCAGCCUAGGACACUGAGGAGUUCCCUUUCCCCUGGAGGGAUGCCUGUAUACUAAAACAUUGACAUCACAUGGCACUGAGAGAACACAAGAUUCCUAGAUGCUGGCACUUUUGAUAUGGAACACACACACACACACACACAC